GGGACGGGGGGGUUGGUUGAAUGGAAGAUGACUGUGCACAACCUGUACCUCUUUGACCGCAAUGGGAUCUGCCUGCAUUACAGCGAGUGGCACCGCAAGAAACAGGCCGGCAUCUCCAAGGAGGAGGAGUUCAAACUCAUGUACGGCAUGCUCUUCUCCAUGCGCUCCUUCGUGGGCAAGAUGAGCCCCGUCGACAUGAAGGACGGGUUCCUGGCCUUUCAGACCAGCAAGUACAAGCUGCAUUAUUAUGAGACGCCCAGCGGGCUCAAGGUCGUCAUGAACACGGACCUGGGCGUGGGCAACAUCCGAGACGUGCUCCACCAGAUCUACAGCAACACCCCAAUCCCGUCCAGGUGGAGCCCGGGAGAGAACCCCGGAGUCCUGGCUCCCAGCCCUUUGCCAAGUGGGACACGCUUCUCCUGUUCAGUGUGGCAUUAGUGGGCAUGUUCAGACCUUCCAUGAGCUGGGCAGGCGUUGGGGUUGUCCUGAGCAGAUCUCAGUUCCAUGGCGGAGCCUCCUUGGUGGAUUAAAGUGUUGCUCUCCCA